UCGUUCAUGGCCUCCACCCCAUAUAUAAACCCUAAUCUCCUCCAUCACCAUUCUCAAAUAUCUUCGCAGCUCCACCACGCAAACCUCUUUUCUCCCUCUAACUUCUCUGCCUUUUCUCUCUCAUACAAUCAAUUCAAUUCAAUUCUCACAGCCGCUCGCUCUCAUCAUCGUCUUCGUCUUCGUCUUCGUCUGCGCAGUUGUUCGAUCGGGGGGAUGGAUGGAUUACUCAGAAUUUGUUAACCAGAUUUAAAUUAAUUCAUAACUCUAUCCGGCGAUUGCCCAGUGAAUUUUAGCUUCUGGGCUUUCCAAAGCCGGCUUGCUUGCCUCUCCCAUAUCUCAAUUCAUCCCCCUGUUCUGUUCCAGCUCUUCUUCAUCUCUUUCCUAUUCUUUCCUUUCCCCGAAUUGAUCUUGAUUUGGAAGGAGCGGGCGGCCAGAAAUUCGUUUAAUCCCCAUGGAUUCGCACAAGAGCAAAGGUAAAUCCAAGAUUGAGCACCGUGUCGACUCCGAGAGCCAGCCAUGGAACCCUGUUUUUGAAGAAGCUUCCAUGGCGGACAGGCCUCUCAAGAAAAUCAAAAGCCCCGAACGCUCAUUAAACCCCUCGCCCUACCAGCGCGUGAUCCCACGCCCUUCCUUCUCCCGUUCUCAAUCCUUCGCAGAGCCUGCAAAUUUCCCCCCAAAUUACUCCGGCGGCCGAGUGUUCCCCUUCGCCUUCGACGGGUCGCAACAAUUGGCCCCAAAUUCCGCCGCCCCGCCGCACCAGAUGAUCUCCUUCGCCCAGCAGAACCAGGCGGCGGCGUUUCCCCCUUAUUUCGCCGGAGAAGCAGCAACAACGUCCGCCCAACAGCAGCAUCUGCUUCAGUACUGGCGACACGCGCUCAACUUAAGUCCGAGAGGAAGUGCGACGACGAUGAUGGAGAGGUACGGACAGGCCUUAUUGAGACCCCCGGCGACCACUCCAUUUUCAACCACGAAGCUUUACCGCGGAGUCCGGCAGCGACACUGGGGGAAAUGGGUCGCCGAGAUUCGCCUCCCCAGAAACAGGACGCGCCUCUGGCUCGGCACCUUCGACACGGCGGAGGACGCCGCCAUGGCCUACGACCGGGAGGCCUUCAAGCUGCGUGGGGAAAAUGCCCGCCUCAAUUUUCCCGAUCUCUUCCUCGGAAAACAACCACCACAACCGCCGGCUCCGGCACCUGCGCCUGGUUCAUCUUCUACACAGCCAUUGUCGGACCUAACAGAGACCAAAGACACAGCUAGCGAAGAACAGCCAUGGGAUACGAAUCCUGUGGAGAAUUUUUCCGGGUUGGGGCCUGGCGACGUAACUUUGAGUGAUCAUCAAAUCCAGGGCAAUGCGGGAGCAGAUGUAUCUCCAUCGUCUGAAUUGGUUUGGGGCGACAUGGCUGAAGCUUGGCUGGACGCGAUUCCGGCAGGGUGGGGCCCCGGCGGCCCGGCCUGGGACGAUUUGGAUGCAGACAACAACCUGCUGCUGCCUCCUAAUCUCCCUUUCGGAACGCCAAACGAUUGUGAUUUAUCGAAGCAGCAGCAGGACAAGAACAGAGGUUCUAUCUGAUCAGACUCCAUUGAUGACGACAACGAAGAUCUUCAGAAGAAAGUUACAAUUGGGUUAAAUCAUAUUUUCCCUCAGCAAUUCCUUUCCUCUUCCUUCCAAUUUCCCCUUAAUUUCACCUCCUCUCUUCUUCCCUUUCCCUUUCCAUUUCCCUUUCCCUUUCCUACACGACUGGUUCUUAGGGUUUUGGUUCCCGGCUGCAGACGGCUGCAUAUUUUAGGUCAUCUGCAGGGCUGUUAAUUAUUUCACGCCAGAGUUGGCGUUUUCUUUUAGUUUAAUUUUCGUCGGCGAAGAAGGAGACGGUUUUGUGCUCUCCUCUUUCGGUGAAUCUCCAUCUAUCAGGGAUCUGUGUUUUUUUUUUCUGAUCUUCAGGAUGGAAGCUUCUAUUUUUUCUUGUUUUUACAGGUUUUAAUGGCGUUUAUGUUGUAGUGAUAUCUUAGUAGUAGUAACUAUUUUUGGAUGUUGUUGUUCGCAUUUCUUCCUCUGUAUUUUAUGGUGGUCAGUUUCAGUAAUUAGCCAAUGAUGAAUAAUAUAUUUCAGGGCAGCAUUUUGUUGUUGGUUUACUUUCUGUGCUGAAUCAAUCAUUGGAUUAUUAAA